AUGAUUGAUACUGGUAAUAAGUACAAGCGUCCACUGCCCAUUAGAUCACGUAUAAGAAGCAUAAAUCCCAAUUCGCCAAACUACCAGGUCGUUAGAGUAAUUCCGUACAACCUUUUCUCUGAUGAUACCAGUGGUAAUUCCACAUCAAAAUGGAAUUGUUUGUAUUCGUGGUCGACGAAUCCCGCCGCUGUUCCUCUUAGGGUUGCCAAUCAUUAUUUGAACCAAUUUUUUAUAUAUGGAUCAAAUUGUCAUACUGCUCUGGAACAGUUGCCUUCCCUUGUCCCCGAUUUGAAGAAACUGGAAACUGGUCUGCCGAUGUUUGAUGCUAUUUUCCAGGAAGAAGUCUUUGUUGUUGCUCCUCUUUUGUUUAUCACGGCUGACAAUCUUUGUCAUGCCGAGGUUUCUUGUUUGAAAGCUUCAACAGCUACCUAUCCGUGUAGAAAAUGCUUCUGGUGUCUACAUGCUGAUGCUUUUGAGCCUAAUAGAAUUACCAAUACCGAAGAACACAUGUCAGUUCCAAACAAUGACUUGGAUAGUACGGAUUCCUCGAUACGUGUUCGUAACAUACAGGGUGAUUAUAUCAUGGUCGAAAACUUGAUGGACCUCGGCUUGAAGGAAACUUCUGGCAAAAGGCUUUUGACGUUGUCUUCUUGGGAUCCUAGCAAGGAUACACCGGUAGAAAUUCUGCAUAGCCUAUGUCUCGGUUUAAUCAAAUACACGUUCAACAAAGCGGCAUAUUGCUUUUUCAACAAGACGCAGUAUGGGUCUAAGGCUUUUACCAAUUUGUCGACGCAUCUCAAAGGAUACAAAGGCUUUCUUGGAAGAGACUUCAAACUUAUGUUUCAGAUGCUCCCAAUUGUUCUCAGAGUUGCUCGUGACCUCAUUGAUUUCCUCAACCUUCGUAAUGAUCAAUUCCACCGAAUGGAUAACGUUCUUAGUACUUUGGACAAGCUUGAGCCAGCAACAGCAACGACAACUGCAUCAGUGCCCAGUCAAACUACUUUUGAAGAGAUCUAUGAUCUUUCUGGUGAACAAUGUAAUGUUGCUACGAUUCCAUACGCCAAAACUAGAGGCCCAUUGUGUAAUCGUUUAAAGACUCAUUUGAUAGUCCAUUUGGUAGAGGAUUGUCUUCGAUUUGCUUCUCCUGUGCUUCUCGCAACUGAAAAGAACGAGCAAUUCAACAAACACAUUAGGGCAAUUGUCAUGAAGACCAACAAACAAAACCCUUCUCGUCGUUUGGCUCUUAUUAACAGUCGUGAGGUAAUGCUGAGAAUUAUUGCGAUGGGUCAUGUUUGGGAUAACGGUAUGAAAACUUGUGGUAGUCUUGUCAAAGCGUGGUUCAAUAGGUACAGUAAAAACAUAUACUAUUCUGCUAAUCGGGAAUUCGGCAGUACUGAAUAUAUUGCUGGAGAGAAGAUUGCUUCAAACAUGACGGCUAUUCUCGAUGUUGACUUGGAUUCUCUUGGGGCGCGUCCUCUGCUUGGAAAGGUGGUAAACCUUCGCGGCGAUCAGGCUAUUGUUGAGGUGUAUGAACUUGUUCCCAGGCCAGCCUUCGUGAUUCACGAUGACAGUAGCUUCAUUUCUGUCUAUCAAGCUGACGAAGGUGGUAAUCUCCUCACCAAGAAAACUGAAGAAAUCUUGGACUUGCUGAAGUAUAAACUGACUGUGGUGGAAUUACUUGACAUGUCUCAGGAAACUGAGAUUGACACUGUCAAGUAUUCUCUUAUCAACAAGUGCAAGUUCGGUACUUUCUGGUGGCUCCAUAACACUAAUCGUUAUUUCCAAAUUUUAGAAAAUGAAAGAAACUAA